GUCUCUUCCUACUCUACCUAAUCUUUGUUCGUGAACCUCGUCCUCCGUGAUGUCGACACCGCUGCAAACGUCAGGCGCAGGCACCCCGAGCACUUCAACGCCCAACUCUGAGGCCAAGGACUUUUUGCCUGUAUCUGGACAGUCACUUUUGCACCGCGUGAAGAACGUUCCCGGCUAUUCUACGCCCGUUUUCAAGGGCAAGGAGGAGCAGCGCGCGAAGGUCCAGGCGAACAUUGCCAAACAGGGUUUCAUUCCUCGCGAACUCGUUGUGAACGAGGUUAACUGGUUCUACUCGCAUCUUGGCAUCGAUGACACCUACUUCGUGUCCGAGUCAACCGACGUGAUCACAGACCACAUUGUCGCCCUCUAUGGAGCCAAGGUCCUUGCCUUCACUAAGCACGACCAGUCGAAGCUCGUGAUCGAUCUCGAGCACAUUGACAAGGACGGCAAGGGCGCGACUUUCAUCCACACUUCCCCUCCUGGCAAGACCAGCACUGAAGGUCCCGGCGCAACAGUCGAGAAACGCAUCGACGAGCUAUUCCUUGACCUAUCAACCCCCGAAAACGCGUACCGUCUUGAGACCUACCGUUCGGCGGGCUCUGUGUCCGCUACCGCGAGCCAACAACUGCGUUGCUACUUCGUCUCCAAGUGUAACUUCCCUACCAACCCGCCGGCUUCGACACGCACUGAUGGUAAGACGGAUAUCCGAACUGUUUCGGACCCAGCCUUCCUCGAGAAGGCUACUGAGAACACUCUCGAGAUCUAUCAAAAUAUUAUGUGGCAGGUCGAGUCACGUUACGGUCCUGUCAUGGAGGUCCUCGAGGUCGAGGGCAGUCGCGAACGCCGUCUCGUCAUUGGCUACAAGAUGGGUGGCACCAACAAGUUCUUUAGCGCGCUCUCCAACCUUUACCACUUCUACUCCCUCUACUCGGCCCGCAAGUAUGUCGAGCAGUUCUCCAACGGUAUCACUAUCGUCGGGAUCUACCUGAACCCACUCCCCGGUGCCAGUGCACCUCCGAUCGAGAACUCGAUCCACCAAGUCAUGAAGGAGGCUUCGUUGCUGUACUGCUUGCCAGAUAACCCCUUCUUUUACGCCAGCGGUAGUUCGUCGACUCAUGCUGUCCAAGAGGCUACCUAUGCAUACUGCGGCUGGAUCUUCGCCCAGCACUUCUGCAACCGGCUCGGCGCAGCUUAUCUUAGCCUCAAAAACCUGCUCGACGAGUCAAACCCAUCGCACGCUGAAGUAUUGAACGACAUCAAGCGUCGUUUCAGGGAGGAGACCUUCACGCGUGAAAGUAUUGCACAGGUUAUUCAUGCUCACCCUGACCUCAUCAACCUGCUCUAUGUGAAUUUCGCCAUGGUUCACUAUCCGGCAUCCGACCAAGCGCAGCUUAUGCCGACCCUGUCAUACCAACGCCUCCAGACUCAGGUCCCAUUGUCUGAUCAGGAAAUCUACGAUAAGAUUCGUCGUUCGGUCUCGAACAAGCACGAGCUUCAAGUGUUGGAAAGCUUCCUGAUCUUCAACAAGCACGUUCUGAAGACCAACCUCUACCAGCCCACGAAGGUUGCUCUGUCCUUCCGCCUGGCACCCGACUUCCUCCCCGACUUUGAGUACCCGAGGAAGCCAUUUGGCAUGUUCUUCGUCAUCGGCAAUGAGUUCCGCGGGUUCCACAUUCGUUUCAGGGAUAUCGCCCGCGGUGGUAUUCGAAUUGUGCAGUCACGCAACAGAGAAGCGUACUCGAUUAAUCAGCGUCAGCUAUUCGAUGAGAACUACGGCCUGGCGUCAACGCAGUCUCUCAAGAACAAGGAUAUUCCCGAAGGUGGCUCUAAGGGAACAAUUCUACCUUCACUCGGCGCGAAUGCGAAGCUUUGCUUCGAGAAGUAUGUCGACAGUAUCAUCGACCUGUUGAUUCCUGGCCAGACUCCGGGUAUCAAGGAGCGAAUUGUCGACCUUUACGGGAAGCCCGAGAUCCUGUUCUUUGGCCCCGAUGAGGGGACUGCCGACGUCAUGGACUGGGCAGCCUUCCACGCAAAGGCCCGCGGUGCUGAGGCUUGGUGGAAGUCUUUCACGACUGGCAAGAGUGCCGAGAAACUUGGUGGUGUCCCGCAUGACACCUAUGGCAUGACCUCGCUCGGUGUCCGGCAAUACGUUCUGGGCAUCUACAAGCAGCUCGGCUUGCGUGAGAAAGACAUUACCAAGGUCCAGACCGGUGGUCCUGAUGGUGACCUUGGCUCCAACGAGAUUUUGCUCAGCUCUGACAAGACCGUUGCGAUCAUCGAUGGAAGCGGUGUUCUCGCUGAUCCUCAUGGCCUUGACCGUGAAGAGUUGGUUCGCCUUGCCAAGAAGCGUGUGCCCGUCUGCAACUUCGACACGUCGAAGCUCAGCAAGGAUGGUUAUCUUGUCCGGGUUGAGGACCAGGAUAUUCGGCUGCCUUCUGGCGAGAUCGUUGUCGACGGCACAGAGUUCCGUAACACCGCGCACCUCAGGUUCAAAGCCGACCUCUUUGUUCCCUGCGGUGGUAGGCCCGAGGCCGUCAACAUCUCCAACGUCGCUGCAUUGGUCGACUCUGAGGGCAAACCUCACUUCAAGUAUGUUGUCGAGGGCGCCAACUUGUUCUGCACACAACAGGCCCGUCUCUAUCUUGAGAAGCGCAAGGUCGUCCUCUUCAAGGACUCGAGUGCGAACAAGGGUGGUGUUACCAGCUCGUCGCUUGAGGUCCUCGCAGGCCUCGCGCUCUCGACAGACGAAUACGUGAACCUGAUGAUCUUCAAGGACGGCAAGCCGUCAGAGUUCUAUCAGAGCUACGUGCGCGACAUUCAGGCAAAGAUCACCGAGAACGCCGCGGCCGAGUUCUCCUGCAUCUGGAAGGAGCACGCGCGCCUCAACGGCGCCAAGCCGCGCACGAUCAUCUCGGACGAGCUCUCGAGCAAGCUGAACGACCUUCAAGCGGAGCUCGAGUCCUCGGAUCUCUUCGAGGACGAGGCGAGCAAGCGUGGUGUCAUGGGCCGCGCGAUCCCGAAGACGCUCAUCGACCAGGUCGGCCUCGAUACCCUUCUGCAGAGGCUGCCUGAGACCUACCAGCGCGCGCUGUUCUCGAGCUGGGUUGCAUCUCAUUUCAUCUACAAGUUUGGCGUCAACGGCACCGCCGUUGACUUCUUCCACUUUGCACGGGACCUCGCAGCUUAGAUUCUUCCUAGAGUCGAAGGCUAGAUUCUGCCGUGAUCACCGUUUCGUUUCUUGCAUCGCAUUGUUUCGACGCCUCAAAGAAUUUCUUCGCUUGGUGGUAUAGCCGGUAGAUGGACAUCGUUAUCAAAACAAAUGUAGAAUAGACGUGUAUAUUAUAAUAGGACUGGUCU